AGGAUUAAGUAAGGAAUCUUGGAAAUAAUGCAGGUCAGCUUUUGUGCGUUAGUAGCCUGGUCAUCCAACGUUACCCCUUAUAUUAACUAGAUGCUUGGGCGCCGCGGGUAUAAAUAUGUAAGAUCACGCCGUAGGCCUAUUCGUGAACGGAUUUUGAAUGACAACUGGUGCUACACUCUCUCAACUUAGUGUCGCACGUGUCUGACUCGGCCCCACGUGAAAUGCAACACCUACCCUGUUGCCACCCCGUGCCAGCUGUGAACUGUUGCUACCCGUUUAGUGUUGUAGCUUUCUGCCGAUUCCAGACAGCACACGCGGCGAAGUUUCCCUGAUUUCGCAUUGGUUAUACUUCAGAAUGUAGAGGCUGUGAAUAGACUGGAUUUGACUGCAUGUUCCUCGAAGCCUGACACUCCUCUUCAAUGGCUGCUGUUGGCUCCACCACUGUGCCUGAGGGGUUCCACUAUGAGACCAAGUUCGUUGUUCUCAACUACUUGGGCCUGCUCCCACCUGCCAGGUCUCAGGGAAUGCAUGGCCCUGCUGCUGAAGAGUGGAACAGGGCAAUGAAGACGGAGAUUGAGGCGGAACUCGGACGGCUGAAGGAGGAGAUCACUGCGUCGGCCUCCAGCACGGGGUUCGACUGCGACACGUCCCCGGUGUUCAGCCCCGCCGACCCGGAGAGCUCCAUAGAGGACUGCCUGGCGUCCCUGGGGGACCGUGUGGCCCGAGACCUGGAGACGCACCUGAGCUCCGCCCUCCAGACCCUCCUCGCCGCCCCCCUGGAUUACGAGCGUUUCCGUGACGCCGUGCUGGAGGUAUCCUCUCACUCCCAGGGGGGCUGGAAUAAGGUGCUUGUGCCUUUAGUGCUGCUGCAGGCUCUGCAGGGGGAGGGCCAGUCCCUGGGCACUCUGCUUCCCCUGGGAGUGCGCUACCUGGAGGAGACCGAAGCCGACUACAUUAUCCAGCAGGGCGGCUGGGGUACAGUGUUCAGCCUGGAGGAAGAGGACGACGCGGGCGUGGUCAUAGCGGAGGACAGUAACGACAUCUACAUCCUGUCGGGGGAGCAGCCGGAGCAGCUGAGCCCGCCGGCGUCGCUGCUGGGCGUGGGAGACAGCAGCGGGCCCGGGUCCUGGCAGACGGAGAGCCUGCCCGUGUCUCUGGGGGGCCACGAGUCCUGGGCGCAGGUCAUGGACCCCGAGGACGCCAAGAGCCUGGACAGCAGCGACGGCGCGGCGCUGGCGGAGGAGCGCAGCGAGAACAACUCCUCCAACUCGGACAUCGUGCACGUGGAGCGGGAGGAGGCCGAGCUGCAGGAGAGCGUCCUGAGCGUGCUCGGCAGCGAGAGCGAGCUGGCCGAGCUGAGGGCCGAGCUGAGGGCCGAGGCCUCCCCGCCCCCUGACCUCGUCCCCGAGGCCCCGGAACCACCGGCGCCCUUGGAAGAGCCCGCCCUGCGGGAGGCUCCAGCCCACGCCUCACUGGGAGCCAAAAUGGAGCCCCCGGCCCCCGCCGCUCUGGAGUCUGAGCCCGAGCCCAAGCCCGAGCCCCCUGCCUCUGUCCCUGUAGAGGCCCCAGAAGCCUGCGAGGCCCCGCCCCCCAGCCUGGCGCAAGCCCCGCCCCCACAGCCUGAGCCUGAGCCUGAGCCGGAGCCCGUCGUGGUUCCACCAGAGCAAGAACCACCCCUAGCAGAGCCCCAGCCAAUCGUGGAAGAGCCCACCCCUGCACCUCUGGCCACGCCCCCUGUGGAGGAGCCCCCCGUCGCUCCGCCCGAGGAGGCCCCAGUGCAGACAGAGCCCACGCCUCCUGAGUCUCCCCCACCCUCUGAGCUCCCCGUGCUGCUCUACGGUGGCGCCGCCCUGGUGGCCAUCGCCGCAGUGGUGGCGUACGGAGCCAUGGCCUACAGGAGGAAAUAGGAGCCCCCCCGUCACCUCUGCCCCCCACCCCCGUCCCUACCCCAACCCCGGCACACCGCAGGUUAUCCAGGCUGCUGAGCAGACGUGUGUGCACUCUCCCUCUCUCUCUCAUUCCUUUUGUUUUCUCUCAGCUCGUGAGGGCCUUUUUUUCCCUCUGAAACACAUCACUCCUACAACCCUGUCUGUGUGGAAAGGAGCAUUUUAGUGUUCGUCUCAGUUUCUGUCAAGUGCUUCUGAUCUGAAUGCGUAUCGGUGAAUUGGUCUGCAUCCUCUCCUGCCUGUAGGCUGGGGGUGGGGGUCUGUCUUGAGUUUUCUAGAGCUCUUUUGGGAGGGGGGUGGGCAAUGAGGGAGCCGUAGUUGGAGACAGGGGCUAACUGGGGUGAGUUUUGUUCAGUACAGUCACCUUUCAAAUUCCGGUGCAGUCACAACAGGCUUUUAACUCAUGGCACAAAAGACACAAAUAAUAGUGGCCAUCUGAUUGGAGCAUAGAUGGCCAUGCUUGUGUGUUUAUCAGUUUUGUCUGACCUUCCAUCUGGCUCCUGCACAGCAGUCCAGCUUAACUGCUAUCUUGUGUUACAAACUGGGGGUCACAAGCACACGCCCCUGCCCCUCAAAACCGCACAAACUCUAUCUCCUGCACGGAGCCCCCUUUCACUGGUGAGGGCAGGAAGUGGUUUUGACUGGAAAAACGGUCUGGCCAGCGGUUCAGUGUUCAGCAGGCCUGCAUGCCUUGCACACCAAAAGGCGAUUUAACACCAUUUGACAUCAUUUCAAUUUUUUAUAUAUAUAUAACUCAUUCCAUUGUUAGUGGUGUCUUCCACACCUUAUGGAUUUUUUUCCCCUUCUAUGCAAUUGCCUGGCUUGGUUGAUGAUUAUUCAGAUUUUUGUAUUACAGGGUUAAAAAUUCAGUAGCCUCACAGGCUACACUAUAAACCCACCCCAAAAUUGCACAAGCUAGGCAAUUCUUGCAUGGAAAUGUAUUCACAGCUAUCAAAGGAUUUGCCACUGGUGAGCUUUAGUGUUGUCAGGGUAUAGUACUGUUGUCAUGACAAAAUGACUGGUUUGGGGGCCAUAGUUUUUGGGGUACUUUGAUAUGGUCAGUAAUCUUAGUUCAGCCUACACUGAACUGCAGGAUGCUCCAGUCUAGUUUUAACUGUGAAAAUGUUUGUGUAGACCAUAACUGCUUCUUCCUUUUUUUCCCCUUAUUUUGAGAAUUUAUCACAAAUUUUCUGUCUACAUUGUAAUGCGUUUAAGGUUGUUCCUAUUAAUGGACUUAACUGAACUGAUUUGAGAUGACUCAUGAGGAUUGUGUAGAAAAAUUAGAAACAACAGGAGUCUGACUUUGUUUCAGUUUGAAUUUAAAUUGAGUAUUUUAUUCCAAAGAGCUCUGCUCUCUCCAGAUUAAAUGAUCGCCAAGAAAUGAAGUGCGAUUUGAGGUGUGCUUGCCUUCAUAGACGUUUAUCUUCACAGGAUUGGAUUCCUUUCGAAGUUCAGGCUGGCCAGAUAGGCACCUGAAUGAAUACGUCAGUUGUAGCAAUCAGGGCAGCGCCAAAGGCCUGUAUGACCAAAUCCUUUGUGCUCUCUCACACCUCUCGUUGAUCCCACAGCUUUAUUACACAACCGCUGCUAUGCUUUUACGCAGCCCUGGCCUUCCUUUCACAAGUUCUUUACUUUCAGUUGGUGUCACAAGUCACUCUAGUUCUGGCCUGGGUGUUGGCCUUCUGUUGAAAAGCUGACGAUUAAACCAUUUCAUUGUGAAUUUUUUCAUUAUUGUAAUGGUUUAUAAAUGCUGAGCGUCGAUGUUGAGACUGCACCGCCGAGAAAAUUCAAAGCCAGAAAACUGGGACAUUUCAUCACUUGUUUCUUUUAACGGGGCUCUCGUCCCAGCCAUCUGCGUGACUGAGCUGUGAGCUGUGAUUGGCUGGAGUGUAAUUGCAAAGCAGCCUGGAGAAAAUUGGCCCAGAUUUCCUCUUGCAAUUGCUCCGAACAGCAUUGCUUGCACUGCUGUGGACACCGGUGUGAAGAAUCUUUAGGGUUUCACUUGCGCUACUGUGUCUCAAGAUGAUGGAGCACUUUCUCUCAGCUUAGUCUUGCCGUCUUCAGGGGGUGACAUACCAACACUUUUUUUGGGGGGGAGGGGGGGUGGCACGGUCGUAAAAUGGUGAGUGAGUGAGUUUCACUAUACCAGUCAAUGUGUAACUUUGAAGCGAGUUGAGAAUAAAUCAUCCAAAGGGUCAUGAUUGACCCUUGUGUAUUAGCGUGUGCGUGUUUGUGUGAAAAUAUGGCCACGGCAGUCAGCAGUCAUUGCUGUACAGCGCUGAACCAUCAGUGCUAGACCUGGCCAACUUUCUAUGGCCUCUCGAAACCUUGCCUGGUUCUUUAUUGAAUGCAGUAGCCCAUCCAGCACUGUCAAUCUACUGCAAACCCAUAGCAUGUCAUGCUGGGACUUGUACAUCUAAGUGUAUCCGGAGCGGGUCUUUGCUACAGUUAACCCUGCUCGUGUUCCCACUGCAUUUACUACAGUAGAACUGCAAACCAGGUCCACUCCCCAUCUUCAGUGUCAGAUUGUCUCUCGUCCACCAAAAACUGAUGGGAGACCACAAAACCUGAUCCAUAAAGAAAUGUGAAUGCCAGCACUGCCAUAGACAAUCAAUAAAAGCAACACGGUUCCCUUGAAGGGGAAAAAAGGAAUAUUCUUGGCGAAGCAAAAAAAACAACACUUGGCAACUCGGAUAUUUUUUUAUGUCUGUUCUUCAGACCAGCUCUGCAUUGUCUUGUGCAAUGAGAAUUAAAGAAAAUGUGCAUAUGAUGCCUCAGGUGUCAGGUUAAAGAAAAGCUAUAUAUUUUUUUCUUUUUACAAGAUAGUCACUACGGAGAACGUUGGCUAACCUUCGGAAAGUGAAUGAAACUGUGAACGUUGUAAUUGUGUAGCACUGGCCCUCACGCGAGCCCUUGUAGUCUGUCGAGUGAGGAUCUCUCUACUCCUGCUUAAUACAGCUGGGCCCUUUCAGGCUCACCAGUGCUGUGGAAGGUUAAAGUGGAGCUCAUACUACUGUGGCAUUGUUGGUACUGUCGGUGCAAAACGCUCAAACCUGCUGGCUGUGGAUGCACAGGCUGUUCGCCCGUCUGAACUGGACGCACAAUGACACACGCAUACACACACAGUCUGCUGUAUAGCCCGGUGCCUGGAAGCCCAGUGUACUGUACCUGAAGGCUUAUGAAUAAAUUCCAGAGCAGGGUACGUCGUCAUAGAGAACGGGAACCGGCGUUUGGACACUUCUGAUAUAUGGAAAUGUAAAAAGGAUGCUGUCGUGUGCGCACGUGUUAUGAGUUGGAAUGCUUAAGAUUCUCGAUCCUUACUUUUGGAAACCUAAUGGAAUGUGUCUUUUCAAAUCGGAAGUUUGGAAAAGAACAGUAUGGAUGUAAAAGCCCUAGCUUUGCACUUUGUACUGAGUUUCCUAAGUGUACAGUUCAAAACAAGGAAGUAAUAAAAAUCUUUAAACCCCGUG